UAUAAUAAUUUAUACUAGUAUAUCCUAAUCAUUCAAUACAAGCUGAUAAUACAAAUUUAUUAACCAAUUUAUAUAAUUAUCUUUUAAAAAAUAGAUUGAAUGUGAAUACAUUAAAUUUUAAUACUCUCCUAUCCAUUUAAUUUUGCUACACAAUAAACAAAAAACCCUAAUUUUAAUUUUAACUAUAUAGCAAAAAUAUGAGGCACUCUAUAAAUCGGGGCCCUGAGCGAUAGCUCAUACUGCUCCCCCUAAUAGCUGGUCUUGUGACAUAUCUUGAGGUCGACAAUCAUUAGUUUAAGCUUCUAAUUGAGUUAGUUUCUUUGACAUGGUAUUAGAAGUCAACGUGACAAGAGCCAACGAAUUUGAAUCUCACACACUCCUCAUUUAACAUGGAAUAUUUCGCACAAGGUAUGAGAAUGUGUUAGAGAUAUAAUUACGUUAUUACGUACAUAUUUCUUAGGACAUCAACUAUUAGUUUAAUCUUUUGGCUGAGUUGAUUUGUUUACACAUGGUAUAAUAAAUUAGUUACAAGUCAAACAAGAGUGCAUUAUAUAUAUAUAUAUAUAUAUAUAUAUAUAUAUUGUGAAAGGUACACCUAAUAAGAGGCAAGAGCGAGCGAGCGAGCUAGACCCGAAUGGACGUAAUGGAUUCUGCAGCCAUCCUUAAGGCUUUGGUGAUGUUUUUAGCUACAGCAGCUGCAAUUCUAGUCUUUUACAAUGCUUCAUAUGACAAUUUUGGCCAAAUUUUACCUAAUUUUGGGCGUCAUUUUUCUUCUUUCCAUGCCAAUUCAUCAAGAGAGGUAAUGAAGGACUCGUUCCAAGAGCUAAGGAAGGUUCUAGACGCAGCUUCAAUAGAAGAGAAAACAGUGAUAUUGACAACAUUGAAUGAGGCAUGGGCAGCACCAAACUCCAUGUUUGAUCUGUUCAUAGAGAGUUUUAGAAUCGGAAAUCAUACAUCUUGGCUUCUUAAUCAUUUAUUGGUUAUAGCAAUUGAUGAAAAAGCUUAUGUUCAAUGCCAAAAAUUGGUUUUUCAUUGCUAUUUUCUUAAGACAAAUCAAUCAUCCAUAAUGGCUAAUGAAGCUAGGUUUAUGACCCCUAUCUACUUGGAUAUGAUGUGGGAAAGACUUGCCUUCUUGCAAACCAUUUUGAGCUUGGGUUACAACUUUAUUUUCACGGAUACAGAUAUUAUGUGGUUUCGAAAUCCAUUUCGACAUUUUAACCAUGAUUCAGACUUCCAGACAGCAUGUGAUUCAUUCAAUGGCAUGGAAUAUGACAUAGGAAACGCUCCCAACAAUGGAUUUCUUUUCGUAAGGUCUAACAAUCGCACGAUCAACUUUUACAAAUAUUGGGUAUCAUCAAGGCAAACAUAUCCUAAUUUACAUGAACAAGAUGUUUUUAAUCGAAUUAAAGGCGAUACGUACGUAACACAACUUGGAGUAAAAUUUAGGUUCUUAAGCACGGAUUAUUUUGGUGGAUUUUGCUCACUAAGUAGAGAUUUUGAUAAAGUUUGUACAAUACAUGCUAAUUGUUGUGUAGGGUUAGAAAGAAAAUUAGCGGAUCUAAAUAUUACACUUGAAAAAUGGAAGAUGUAUUUCUAUCGUCCAAAUACUUCCAUGCCACAAUCUUUUGAAUGGGGUGUUCCAAAAUAUUGCCAUAUGUAAAACCCAUGUAAUGUCCGAUAUAAAUUCUAAUAAUUAAUACUCCCUCCG